AUGACAGCUUUCCAACUACUUCCACUUGGCCUCGUUGCCCUCUUUGCGGGUUCGGUUUGGGCCUGGGAUUACGGAGUUCCUUACUAUCCAGCACCGAGCUACUUCGAACGUCAGCAGCCCUACGAUUAUCCCUGUCCACCGUCGGGAUCGGAUAGUCUGGUUUGUGCCGGUGCUCCCGGUGCCCAGGCAUCCACCUUUCCCAGUCCCUGCGAAGUCCAGCGGUUCAGAAUCCUAACGGGAAUAGACUGGGAGAUCAUCCACGAGGGCAGGUGUGAAACCUUGGAGGUCUGUCCGGAUAAUUGCCAGGAUCAGUACAGUCCCGUCUGCGGCAAGUACAAGGAUACCAGGCGAAACUACAGGAGCGAGUGCGAACUGCAGCUGGUCAAGUGCCGCACAGGACAUCCUUGGAGGAAGCAGCACGAUGGCCCCUGUGAAAGUAGAUAUCCAGUCGCCCAAUCACCGCGCGUCCAAAGCUAUAAUCCCUAUGCGAUCAACCCGUAUCAACCGAACUACGGAUCUUACGGAUCUCAAGGACCCUAUGGCUCCCAAGGACCUUAUGCAUCUCAAGGACCCUACGGAUCUCAUAGACCAUACAGUCCCUAUGGGUCGCAAUCUCAGUCUCAGGCGUAUCCUCAAAGCUCUUUCGUAUCCCCGAAACCCGCUUAUGAGGCUCCGGUCUAUCACCCCUAUGAGAUUUCCUGGGAGAACCUGCCCACUGAGUCCGAUUACGCCGUAACCGCCAAGCCCUACACAAAUCCCACCUACAAGGCCACGCCAACGACUUCUUCCACAAGCACAAGCACUACCACUACAACUACUUCCACUACAACCACUUCCACAACACCCAAAGCAGAUGAGACCACAGAGGCCUCGAGGGUAACUACCAACCCCAGGCAGAAUAUAAAGGUGAAUGCAGUGGUCGAGGAAGCAGCUAAUACGACCACUCAACCGCCGGUGACUGAAGCCCCAACUACAGUGAAGCCUGAGACGGAACAGCCCACAGAGUCUAGUGUCACUGCUCCGCCCCUGAAGAAAUACGCGACAACCGCUUCACCCCAGCAUGCAACAACCACAGCAAGACCUUCAAAACCUUCUCUUUCGAUAAACGCAGUAAAGGAACCUGAACAGAAAGCUGAGCAGACCAGUGAACAGCCAACCAGCACAGAAUCGAGCACACCUAAAAGGUAUCCAGCCCCCAAUGUUUAUAAGGCAUCUCCAGUCUACAGCACCACUUUAGCUACGGAGGAUAAAGAAAUUAACGAAGACUCUCUAGGCCAGGUCAUCAAAAUUAAUGCAGUGGAAGAGGAGAAGAAAGCUGAAGGGACUACUGAAACCCAACAGACUAGCACUCCCAAAGCUUCACCAACUUAUCCGUCCUAUCCAACUUAUCCAACUAGCACUCCCAAAGCCUCACCAACUUAUCCGUCAUAUCCAACUUAUCCAGUCUAUGGUUCUACUGAAUCUCCGAAAGAUGAUGACUCUCUAAAGAAGGUCAUCAAAAUUAAUGCAGUGGAAGAAGAGAAGAAAGCUGAAGGGACUACCGAAACCGAACAGACAAGCACUCCCAAAGCUUCACCAACUUAUCCGACAUAUCCAACUUAUCCAGUCUACGGUUCUACUGAAUCUCCGAAAGAUGAUGACUCUCUAAAGAAGGUCAUCAAAAUUAAUGCAGUGGAAGAAGAGAAGAAAGCUGAAGGGACUACUGAAACCCAACAGACUAGCACUCCCAAAGCUUCACCAACUUAUCCGUCAUAUCCAAGUUAUCCAGUCUACGGUUCUACUGUAUCUCCGGAGGAUGAAGAAACUAAAGUAGACUCUCUAGAUGAGGUCAUCAAAAUUAAUGCAGUUGAAGAAGAGAAGAAAGCUGAAAGGACUACUGAAACGCAAAAAACUAGUACUCCAAAAACCUCACCAACUUAUCCGUCUUAUCCAACUUAUCCAGUCUACGGUUCUACUGAAGCUCCGGAGGAUGAAGAAAUUAAAGUAGACUCUCUAGACGAGGUCAUCAAAAUUAAUGCAGUGGAAGAGGAGAAGAAAGCUGAAGGGACUACCGAAACCCAACAGACUAGCACUCCCAAAGCCUCACCAACUUAUCCGUCAUAUCCGACUUAUCCAGUCUACAGUUCUACUGAAUCUCCGGAGGAUGAAGAAAUUAACGAAGACUCUCUAGGCCAGGUCAUCAAAAUUAAUGCAGUGGAUGCCAAUACUGAGAAGAAACCUGACGAGACCACUGAGACCCAGAGUAGUUCGGAGUCUAGCACUCUCAAAGCGUCACCUACCUACCCAUCAUAUCCAACUUAUCCGUCCUCGAGAGCCUAUAACACUUAUCCAGUUCGUGCCUCUACUGAAGCUCCUGGGAAUAAAAACGAAGAAUCCUCUAGAAGACCUUUGGAUGAGGCCAUCAAGAUUAACGCAGUUUCGGUUCCCCAAAACGAAUCAUUGCCAGAAACCAGCCAAAACUCAACCUCUGCAACAACUGCUUCAUCCUCCGAUAUUUCUCCUGGAGUGGAAGAAGAACUCAAGACUGAAUCGGAAGAUAUUCCUGAAAUCGUGAAGACAGAAAGUGUCAGUAAGAACGGAACGGUGGUGAAUUUGGAGGUGACCUGCAAACGAGAGACCAAAAAACUAAAGCUGGAUACUUCGAGCUCCGACAACCGUAGCAAUCUUUAUUUCAUAUUUUUGGGCUGUUAAAAAAUUU